AUGUCUCAACGACAACGAAAUGACUAUAGUACUGAAAGUUUAAUUUUAACCUCUAAACAAAAUGACUUCUCCUAUUACGAAGAAAAAUUUAUUCACUUUUCAGGUUUGACAGAAAAAGAAUUGCAACAGGCAAUUGAAAAUAUUACUCGUUCAAACCUAUUAUUAAAAUUAGAAAACGAUAUUUUCGAACGAUAUCUCGCACGUCGCGAUCCUGAAAUUCUUCAAACAAUAGCGCAAAUGUUAGAAACCGCUAAACGCGUGCAAAAAAUCACACCUCAGCUUAGCUUUGCGUCACCCGUUACAAGUGUAAGCGGAAGUUUUAUAAGUAUUACGGAAGGAACCAAAGAAAGUAUCGCCAGCAUUCAAUCCGCUCAGCUCAUCACAUCAAAUCUCUUAGCAGCCAGAGCGCCAAAAGCAGCCAUAAAAAUUACAUAUGCGGAUCGCAUCGAAAUGGUAAAUACCGAAAUUCGGGAUUUGGAAAAAGAAUUAAUAAAGGUCGAAGAAACAUCGAUAAAGAAAAAAAAAUAUAUACAAGCGCGAAUAGAAGAAAAUGAGAUGAGCAUUCGCGAAACUUGCAAAACUAGAGAGAACUUCGAAGAGAACAUUGUAUUUAAAGGCGUAGAUAAAAUUACGGGGAAAAUACCAGCUGAGAAGUUUAUCAGGUUUACAGAAGAAUGGUUCAAAACAGUCGAUACUACAAUAGAACAAAUGAGAUUGAAGAUAACUACCAUAAAGUCUCUGAUAAGGAAAAUCAAACUGCAAAUGCAGCAGAGAAAAGAACUCGGCGAGGCUCUACGCGCUGUAGAUUUUGAACAAUUGAAGGUAGAAAAUCAAAUUUGCAUACGAGAAAUCGACGAAAAAAAUCGAUAUCUGCUCGAAAUGAAGAAGAUCGUGGGUCGUUACAGUAUUGCAUUGACCAAGCACAAGGAAAAAUUAGCUAACUUGACAUCUAUCGUGAAUGAAGUGAGAAGCAACAUUGCUUUUAAAAAACAGGAAAUUAUGAAAUUACAAUCGGAAAAAGUAGUUAUGAAGGUUGAAAUAAAGAACACGGAAAAACAGAUCAAGUCGGUGACGGCAUUAGUGGAUAAAUUUGAGGUUCCAAAUGUCAUAGAUUAUAUCAAAAUGAGUAUAGAACUUCAGGAAUUACGUAAAAUCUACAAACAAUUAAGCAGGAAAAGAGACAUUCAACAAAUAACUUUCAAUUUUAACAGAAAAUAA